AUGGUGAAACCCGAGACUACCCCUCCUGCUUCAUCUCCCCCGGCCUCAGCCGCGGCCGUUCCUUUGGAUUCACCAACCCGCAUUGUCCCAAUCCACCCUGAUCUCGCCGAGAUAAAACUUCCAGCUGGACCACUACCAUCAUACCGCUAUCACCCAGUAACAUGUCAACCGAUCAACCCUGGAGAUUACCAAACUGAACUUAAGCAACUGGAAGAACAAUACAAAUCGCGCGAGGCUGCGCUCCAUGCGCAAGAACAACUUUCCAAAGAAGUGAAAGAGAAGAUUGAGGCUGCUAAAAGGAAACGAGAAGAGGUUCAAAAAUCCAUGGACAAGAAGGUCAAGGAACGCGACACUGAGAUGAAGGUCGUGUCCAAGUUUCAAGAGACCAAGGCAUCGGACAUCCCGUCUUGA